AGAGUGCUGUAUUUACCAACUGCCUUCAUGGAGAGCUCUGUAAUCACCAACUGCCAUUGACAGAGUCAGGUCGCAAAGAGCGCUGUAUUCACCAACUACCAUUCACAGAGAGCGCUGUAUUCACCAACUGCCAUUCACAGAGUCAGGUCACAGAGAGCGCUGUAUUCACCAACUGCCAUUCACAGAGUCAGGUUACAGAGAGCGCUGUAUUCACCAACUGCCAUUCACAGAGUGAGACCACAGAGAUCGCUGUAUUCACCAACUGCCAAUCACAGAGUGAGGUCACAGAGAGCACUGUAUUUACCAACUACCAUUCACAGAGAGCGCUGUAUUCACCAACUGCCAUUCACAGAGUGAGACCGCAGAGAGUGCUGUAUUCACCAACUGCCAUUCACAGAGUCAGGUCACAGAGAGCGCUGUAUUUACCAACUGCCAUUUACAGAGAGCGCUGUAUUUACCAACUGCCUUCACAGAGAGCUCUGUAAUCACCAACUGCCAUUCACAGAGUCAGGUCUCCAAGAGCACUGUAUUCACCAACUGCCAUUCAAGGAUUGAGGUCACAGAGAGUGCUGUAUUCACCAAUUGCCAUUCACAGAGUGAGGUCACAGAGAGCGCUGCAUUCACCAACUGCCCUUAACAGAGUGAGACCACAGAGAGCGCUGUAUUCACCAACUGCCAUUCACAGAGUCAGGUUACAGAGAGCGCUGUAUUCACCAACUGCCAUUCACAGAGUGAGACCACAGAGAUCGCUGUAUUCACCAACUGCCAAUCACAGAGUCAGGUCACAGAGAGCACUAUAUUUACCAACUACCAUUCACAGAGAGCGCUGUAUUCACCAACUGCCAUUCACAGA